AUGUUUUUAUUGAAUCGCUAUAGUCUUGCCGAGGAGUUGUCUAGACGUGGAUACCAAGUGAUUGGGUGUUCACCAUCACAAGCAAUCUUUGGACAGAAACCAUUAGAGGAGAAAUACGGAGUGAUUUCUAUUCCCUUAGAUAUCACCAAUGUAGAGAAUAUUAAGCAAGUACACGAUAAAGUUAAGGAGAUCACUGAUGGAAAAUUGAGCAUUCUUUAUAAUAAUGCAGGGAUAUCCAUUGCUGCACCAGCAAUUGAAAAUGACGAAGAGCAGUUGGAUCGACUCUUCCAGAUCAAUGUGCUUGGACACAUUAAUAUGACUAAAUGGUUUGCACCUUUUGUUAUUGCAUCGAAAGGAACAAUUAUAUUCACUUGUUCUGUUGCUUCAAGAGUCCCUUUGAGUUGGGUCAGUGCAUAUAAUGCAACUAAAGCAGCUAUUGAUGCUUAUGCCCAGACAUUACACGGAGAAAUGAAACCUUUUGGUGUUAGAGUUCACAGUGUGAUUACUGGUGGAGUAGAUACGGCGAUAUGUGAUGCCAAUGUGAGAACAUCAUUGGGAGAUUCAUAUUAUGAAGUUCCCGGAGUAUACGAUUCGAUAAGGGCAUCAGCUAUGAUGAGUAGGGAUUUGAAUAUUUCUCCAGAAAAAUACGCCAAGGAAGUUGUUAAGGAUUUAAUGAAAUGGAGAGAUCCUGGAUUUAAUUUAUACCACGGUGCUAGAAGUUAUUUUUUGCAUUGGGUGAGUAGAUAUUUGCCAUUGUGGUUGGUUGAAAUGGGUGUCCAGUGGCAUUUCAAACAAUUGAGGGUGUUGAGAACCUUGGCUAAACUAACAAAGCAAAAAAGAUAUACAAAAAGGAACAUCUGA